UUUUUUUUUCUUUUCGUUGAUCAUGAGUCAAUCCAGUAAGGGUGUUCAUCCUUUUUUUUUACCGAAAAAGACAAAAGUAACUACACCCUCAGUAUCAGAAGAGCAGUCUAUAGUAGAAUCACCAAAACAAACAGAACGUAUAACUAGAAAUAAAGCGAAUCAAGCAUCCGUUUCUAUAUCACGGAAUGUCAAUCAUCAAGUUCCUGACACAAGGGAACAUUUACUUCAUGCUAAUUCAAGUCAAUGCACAUGUAAAGGGGAAAGUUCAAUAACCAACUAUGUUCCUAUCACUAAGCCUAAAUUUCAUUCUGAUCAUCAACAAGUUCAAAAAUCCACUAUUGCAAAGAAAAAACAGAAUGUGAGUCACGAAUUUGCUUGGCUAGAUCGUAAUGUCUUUGGUAACUGUCAUAUUACUGAUAACAUGUAUGAAUCAACCCAUCAGACAUCAUCACUACCACCACUGCCUCCUCCUCCUCCUCCUCCUCGUCAUCAUGUUGAUUUUAACAAUCUAAUCGCUCAACAGGCCAAAUCUUUUCGAUUAAGAAAGAGAGAAUGUAAAAAGCGGGAACAUCAACGUGAUGUGACAAUGCUACCUCCAAUCACUAAUCAAGCAGAGUUGGAAGCAUUUUUAACAACUCAUUUUCCAAAUUGGCACAUGUUUCCUUCUUGUGUUCUUUUAUCACAAUCAUUAUCAGCGCAUCGCCAAAAUACCAAACAAUGGACGGAUAAAUAUCGUCCCAAGACAAUUGAGGGACUCAUGGGCUCUAAACACAAUUUUGUUUAUCUUAGGGAUUGGUUACAUCAAAUGAAGAUUGAGCCAUUAUCUGCACCCUCAUCCACAACAGCUGGCACUAUAAAAAAGAGAAAGCGUACAAAGAAGCUGGUUAUGCAGUAUGAUGAUGAUAAUGAAGAUGACAACGACGAAGCCUUUCUCCGAAUGAGAUCGAACGUGAUUUUGUUAGUGGGAGAUCAUGGUGUAGGCAAGACAGCAGCUGUCUAUACAGCCGCGGAACAAUUAGACUAUGAGGUCUUUGAGAUCAAUGCAGGAACAAGGCGAUCAGGAAAGGAUAUCAUGUCAUUAGUUGGAGAAAUGACAAAGAGUCAUUUAGUAGCUUUUGGCAUAGCUCCUCCUUCAUCAGCUUCAGGGUUAUACGUAGAUCAUCCAAAAUCUGCACCUAAAACAACAACAACAAAACGAAAAAAACUAAAUCCUUGUUUUGCUCCUUCUACUACUAAAAUACAAAAGAAUGAAAGUAAAUUAUUGAAACAUUUCUUGCGAAAAAAGGAAUCUGCUAAAGUAGCAUUGCCAUUUACACCAGCUACAAAGCAAAGUUUAAUUUUAUUAGAAGAAGUGGACAUAUUAUUUGAAGAAGAUAAAGGGUUUUGGUCAUCUGUGAUAGAGUUAUCACAAAAGAGUAAACGACCGAUUAUUAUGACAUGUAAUGAUCCUAACCAGAUCCCAUUUGAAAGUUUAUGCAUACAAAUGGUACUCAAUUUAAAGCCUCCAUCAGAGAGUGAAUUACUACCUUACUUGUGGUUAGUAUGCUAUGCUGAAGGAUACGUGGUCGAUCCAGUAGACCUUAUCUGUCUUAUGGCCUUUUUAGGAAGAAAUAUUCGACAGCUUUUACGAACAUUAGAAUUAUAUAUUGGAGAUCAUAUAUUUGGACGUUAUUUGGGUAUUGAAAAUGAUAUGGAUAAAGUUGAAAUAAAGUUGAAAUCUGUACCAUCCAAGUUAGCUAUUGAUACUUUUCGAUUAGCACGUUAUUAUGAAGGAAUUGAAGAAUCACAUAAUAAAGAAGAAGAAGACGAAGAAGGAGACGAUUUUGAUUCAAUUGUACAAGCAUUAGAAAAUAAUGCAUUUGUAGAUACUUGGCUUGGAUGGAAGGAGGACUCAAAUUUGAUUCAAGAAUCUGUUGAGGAUCAAUUAAACGGUUAUACCAAUUUAUGUAUAGAAAAUGAAGGAGAUAUAUCAAAAGCAUUUAUAGAAGAAAUAGAAUCAUUACUAACGAUCCUAAACAGUCAAACAAUUAAAUCCAAUACAUGGAGUAAAAUAAUAUUAGAUGAAGAAAGUCAUUGGGAAGAAGUAUGUGAUGCUAGAUCCAUUAAUUUAGAAGAUUAUAAAGAAGCUAUAGAAAAAUUACUUUCUCCACGUAUGAUAUAUCAGCCUAAUGAAUAUAAUUUGACCAUGGAUUAUAUACCCCAUAUUCAAUUGAUGUUAACUUUUAAUCAUGAUAUCCAAGGAAGAUCAACACGUACUAAGCGGAAAAGAUUACAUUUACCCUUAAGUGAAGAUUGCAUUCAUGUACUAAGUACAUAUAAACCUUUAGUAGAUGAAACGGAAUUCUGGACUAACAGACUUGAUAAACUAAAAAAAGAUUCUGUCUCCGACGCAUAAAUUAUUAGUCGGAGAUUCCAUAAAAAUGAUUUCCAAAUUAGGGAUUUUCUGUAAAGGACAUGUUUUAAUUCGCUGUUGUUUCUGCUGUUGUUACUUCUUGGCUUGAAAUCAAUAAAUGAGAAAUAAAAAAUUUACGUUGAAUUCUUUUUGUUAUCUU